UUUGGUCUGUUUGGACCGCGCGCACUGGGCAGGGCUGUGCACGCCGCCGCCGAUGGCCCGGGCCUCAGCAAGGCCGAGUUCAUGGAGAAGGUGCGGCAAAGCAACGAGGCCUGCCAGCUGGGAGACUUCCAGAAGGCCGUGAAGCUUUACGGCGAGGCCCUACGCGCCGACCCGCAGAACUGCAUCCUGUACAGCAACCGCUCGGCCGCCCACCUCAAACUGGGCCAGUACCAGACCGCCCUGGACGACGCAGUCAAAGCCCGCCUCCUUAACCCCAAAUGGCCAAAGGUGA